GCCCUGACUUAUUCGUUUUUCAGGGGCAGAUGACAGUCUAUGCGAAGUUUGGCAAAAACGUUUAUCUUCCUAAAGAUGCCGAGUUCUACUUUAUUUAUAACGGAUCUCAUCAGAGACACAUCGUGAUUGCAGAGCCCACGGAGGAUAAUGUUCUCCAAUCCAGCAUUCCAGGCCACGGGCUUCAGGAGACGGUGAUGGUGUCUGUGUGCCUCUGCUCGGAAGGUUACUCCCCGGUGACCAUGGGCUCUGGCUCGGUGACCUACGUGGACAACAUGGCCUGCAGGCUGGCCCGUUUGCUGGUCACCCAGGCCCAUCGCCUCACAGCUGCUAGCCAUCAGACCCUGCUGACCCCGUUUGCCCUGACGGUGGGAGCAUUGCCUGCCCUGGACGAGGAGCUCGUGUUGGCUCUGACCCAUCUGGAGUUGCCUCUUGGGUGGACUGUCUUGGGCAAUUCUUCACUUGAAGUUUCUCUACACAGAGAGUCUCUCCUACAUCUGGCUGUGAGAUGGGGCCUGGCUAAGCUUUCCCAGUUCCUCUUGUGUCUCCCUGGGGGAGUCCAGGCCUUGGCUUUACCCAACGAAGAGGGUGCCACGCCGUUAGACUUAGCUUUACGUGGCGGACACUCGAAGCUGGUUGAAGACAUCACAAAUUUCCAGGGCAGACGUUCCCCGGGCUUCUCCCGCGUGCAGCUCAGCGAAGACGCCGCCCUGCGGUACGUUCACUCAUCAGAGACCCUGACCCUGACGCUUCACCACACAGCCGAGCACUUGCUGGAGGCAGACAUUAAACUCUUCAGGAAAUAUUUUUGGGAUAGAGCCUUUCUCAUGAAGGCUCUUGAAGAGCAAGAAGCCAGGCCAGAGGAAAGAUUGGAUAUGCCCUCCAGUGCUGCAGAAGCUGAAGAAGAGAUUAAGGAUUUGGUGUCCGGCAGAUCAUCACCUGAGGAGGAGGAUGUAAAGUGUGCGAAAAGCGUGGUGGUUCAGCUGAGGGAACAUGAAGACCAGGACAGUCUAGAUUUGGCUCUCUCUGUCUGCAUUGUCCUGAAGUUCUUCUGAUCUGUCACUGAUGCUCAAGAGAGGAGCAGCCUGCUGCAGUAGUUUGUUGACCUGGGAUUUAUCCCAGUUAAGUGGCUCUCAAACUUCUCCAUGCAUGAGAAUGAGAAAGAACACAGUAUCUCCUGAUCCUACACUUUCAUUUCAGUUUGGUGAUGGUCUCUACUGGUGGAGAUUCCUGGAUGUCUCUGAGGCAGCCAAGGGUCCAUGGAUCUAUGCUUACCCCAAGAAUGGCCUGUAGCCUUAGAAGAACAAUGGGUUUUCUCUA